CCUUACUACCCGGUAACUUUGGUGACUUCAAGAAUCUCUGGCACGAGAAUGGGGAAACACCCAAAUGCAUCAUCAUCAUCAUCAUCAUAAAAAGCAUCUCUCUUUCUAUUUUAGUUUGAAUCCUUAUUUGCUUCCCCAGAUCUCCCACUGACCGCCGCCGCGCGCCGCCCUCACUGAACUUCUCCGGCGUGUUUGGGACGAGCUUAAGAAGAUGGGGUCUGUUUCUCUGAAAAUCGGAGACGGGACAGCUAGAUUCAAGAAAAGGGCUUCCCUUUGCUCAUCAGCUGUGAAUCUUCUCAUGAUCUUCUCCGUCCUCACCACCAAUCUCUUCGCUCUAUACGCUUUCACUCACCAACCAAACAAGACCCAUCAGCUCCUUCACCAAACCCACAAUAACAUCUCCGUACAAGUCUCCCUCAUCCUCAGUGAGAUCGAUUCGACCCAGAAGAAGGUUGCCCACAUCCAGAAAGAGCUUCUAGGUUAUGAAAGCAUCGAACUUUCUAAGCCCAACAUCGCCCCUGAGCUGAGGAUGUUCCUGCUUCGUCACCAGCUUCCCCUGGGCAAAGAUUCGAGAACUGGGAUCACUACAAUGGUGGCUUCUGUGGGUCAUUCUUGCCAGAAAUCCAUAGAUUUGCUCUCUAAGUUCAUGAGCUAUAAGGUCAGUGGGCCUUGCCCGGAUGAUUGGAGUCUUGGUCAGAAUCUGAUUUUGAAGGGCUGUGAGCCUCUUCCGAGGAGGAGGUGCUUUUCAAAGAUUACCCCUAAAUCUGGUUUACAACCUUUUCCCAUUUCUAUUUGGAAGGCUAGCAAUAGUGAAAAGGUUUACACUUGGAGUGGCCUUUCUUGCAAGAAUUUCGCUUGUUUGAAUGCUAAGAAAUUGAAUAGAGACUGUGCAGGUUGCUUUGAUAUGUCCUCUGGAUAUGAGACUCAGAGAUAUGUUAAAGCUAAGGGCAAGAAUGACUUUUUGCUGGACGAUGUGCUUUCGAUGGGGGGUAACAAUGGUGGAAUCAGGGUUGGGUUUGAUGUGGGUGGCGGCGGGUCUGGAACAUUUGCAGCCAGAAUGGCUGAGAGGAAUGUCACUGUGGUUACUUCCACUUUGAACAUAGAUGCACCUUUCAAUGAGUUCAUUGCUUCCAGAGGCCUUUUCCCACUUUAUUUGAGUCUGGAUCACCGGUUCCCGUUUUACGACAAUGUGUUUGAUUUGGUCCGCGCCGGGAAUGGGCUGGAUAUAGGUGUCAGCCCAGCAGAGAAAUUGGAGUUCUUGAUGUUUGACAUUGAUAGGGUUCUCCGGGCCGGCGGCUUGUUUUGGUUGGACAAUGUGUAUUGUUAUGGAGACCAGAAGCGAAAUGCGUUCACUAGGUUGAUUGAGAGAUUUGGGUACAAGAAGUUGAAAUGGGUUGUGGGGGAGAAGAGCGACAGCGGGUCCCAAAAGCCGGAGGUGUACCUAUCUGCUGUCUUACAGAAACCGGUUAGAGUUUGAUGAUGAAAAUCAUGAGUAGUUUCUUCGUAGCAGUAGAUUUCUAUGCAAUGCCAAAAUCGCCAAUGUGAGAGGUAACAAUUCGUGUACUAAUUCCGGAAUUAUUUUGCAGCUUAGAAUAAGUGUUAUGCAAUGGAAUGUUACUAUGGAAAUGGUAACUUGACAUGGAUGAUCAGUUCUUGAUAUAUGUGAUUUUAAGAAGGGUGUUUGAUUAAACAUUUAGUACAUCCGUUCACAUUUAACUGACCAUUAUGACUUUUAUGGUACACCAAAAGUAGAAUGAACACGGACAUACAUC